AUGACCGAGCGACCGCCCUCGAGAGCUGGAUCGGAGUCGUCGAACAAGUUGGUUUCUCGCAAUGAAUGGCCGGUGCCUGGCCCAACUUUGGAUGCUACCACUGUCGGGCACCGGCAAGCUGUCACCAAACCGCCCACCGCCAAACUGGCCCCGAGCAAUGACCCGCUGGAUGGCCAGGCUUCCUCGCUGCGUCACAACUUCUCCCACAUCUAUCACUCCUCCUCCGGCUCCCGCCCCCCCUCGACACGAACCUCCUCCAGCUCCCUACAGGCUCUGAACGAGGACACCGUCGUCGACGUCAGAUCGGAACCCAACCUUGCCGUGGUGGGCAGGACUUCCACCUCCUCCAAGAUGUCGUCCAUGUCGCACCAGCUGUGGCAGCCUACCGUUGAUACCCAGGCCCUUCCUCGCCGCUUCGAGCAUCCCCAUUCCGUCGAUUACCCGGUCUACCCCGACCAGUCCUACGCCGUGCUCCAGUCGCAGGUGCAUCCGACUUACUAUCCUUCAUUUGUGCGCUCGCGCAGCUCCUACCCUUCCCACACCGACUCCGCCGUCACCCCUACCACCCCUGCCGCCCGUGUCUCCCGCACCGCGGGGAACACGCCGCUCUCUAGUCCUGGGCUGUUCUCCGUCAGAAGCCCGCGCACAACCCCGCCGCUCGCCUCGGAUGAUAUCGAGCGCAUCGGCAGCCCAUUUUUGCACCCAACCCAUCUCCAACCCCCGAAAGAGACGCAUACCGCCGAGGUGGAUCGUGACCUGGUAACGGGAAAUAAACUCAUCAAUCAAUACGAGAUCCUGGAGGAACUAGGUCGUGGCGAACACGGCAAGGUGAAACUUGGCCGGCAUGUCGCCACCCGACAACAGGUCGCCAUCAAGAUCGUCCAGCGGUACUCCAAGCGGCGUCGACUGGGUAAACUGGGCAAUCCGGAGGACAAGGUCAAGAAGGAGGUUGCCAUCCUGAAAAAGGCGCGGCACCCCAACGUGGUCAGUCUCCUGGAGGUGAUCGACGACCCAAACCGCCAGAAGGUCUACAUUGUACUCGAGUAUGUCGAGAACGGCGAGAUUGUCUGGCGUAAGAAGGGUCUCCGCGAAGUCGUCCAGAUGGACAAGCGCCGCCUCGACCGCGAAAAGGCCGGCAUCGAGGAUUCGCCCUUGUUCCUGGAAGAAUCCCAGCAGUACAUCCGCAAUGCCCAGCGCAUGCGACACCAGCGCGACCGGGCCCGCGAACGGCGCCAGGCCCAGGCGGCCGCCACCCAGCAGCAAGGCAUCCACGCCUGGAGUCUCGAGCAUGGCGGGGAAUCGGACGACGAGCUCGGGCCCGAGCUGUCCAUCGCCCGCACCUCGAGCCGCUCCAUGCUCAGCCCGGAUGACCACCACUCCUCGCCCAGCCACUCCUUUGUCUCCACCACCUCCGACAUCGACCGCCGCACCAGUGACGCCUUGGCCGCCAUCGAGGGCAGCAUGUACGGCCCCUAUGUCGACUUCUCGGCCGAGCGACGCUUCAGCACCGCCUCGAGCAGCAUGGGCUACGCUCCUUCGGAGCCCGAGUGGAUCUCCGACGACGAUGACAUGUCCCAUGUCCCCUGUCUGACCAUCAAUGAGGCCCGUAACGCCUUUCGCGACUCGGUCCUCGGCCUCGAGUACCUGCACUACCAGGGCAUCAUCCACCGGGACAUCAAACCCGCCAACCUGCUCGUCACCGCCAACCACCGCGUGAAGAUCUCCGAUUUUGGCGUCUCCUAUCUCGGUCGCCCCCUGCGCGACGAGGAGGAGGAACAGGUCGGCGAGCGGGACGCCACGGAGCUGGACGACGCGCGCGAGCUGUCCAAGACGGUCGGUACCCCGGCGUUUUACGCCCCCGAACUCUGCUACACCGGCGACGACUUUGUCGACACUCUCGGCAGCAUCCCCAAGAUCACGGGCGCCAUCGAUGUCUGGUCGCUCGGGGUGACGUUGUACGGCAUGAUCUUCGGGCGGCUCCCCUUUGUCUCGGACGACGAGUACAGCAUGUUCCAGACGAUCGUCAAACAGGACGUCUUCAUCCCCCGCAAGCGGCUCAAGCCUGUCGAGGAGAACCCCAGUUGCACCACCAGCCAGUGGCCGCGCGGCAUCAGCAGCAGCAGCGAGAAGCGCAUGGACGAUGAACUCGCCUACGAGGAGAUCGACGACGAGCUAUUCGACCUGCUCAAACGCCUGUUGACCAAAGAUCCCGUCAAGCGUAUCACCCUCAAGGAGAUCAAGCAUCACCCCUGGGUCCUAUACGGUCUGCCCAACCCGCGCGCCUGGAUCGAAGAGAGUGACCCGGGCUACCAAAGCAAAGGCAAGAAGAUCGAGGUCUCGACCGAAGAAGUCACUACCGCCGUCAGCAAGGUCCCUUUUAUCCAACGCGUGCGAUCCAACGUGGCGCGCCUCUCCAACUAUCUGACAGGACGCUCCCGGGACAAGGACAAGGACAGCCGCAAGCGCGCUCCCAGUGCUGCCAACUCCAUCGAUUCCUGUCAUUCUUCCGCCUCGAGCAACAAUACCUUUAGUGGGAAACACUCGUGGGAGGGUCCUCCUCGUCGUGCCAGCCUCCGCGGUGAUGAAGAGUUGUUCCUCCGGCUCUCCUCCCGGAUCGCCGCCAGCACCGCUGCCAAGGAUGGUGAACAUCCAUUGGCCAAGAGCGUCACCGCCAGUCCUGUAGAGCGAGACGGGCAGACGUCUUACUUCCAGCCACCACCACCACUACUUCCAGAUUCCUCCAACAAGGCGACAGCGGUAGAGACCGUCCCUCCUACCUCCAACAGCCAUGCACCCGAUCACCGCCCGGACCCUCUGGAACGCACGACGUCGACGCUGUCCACCGCAGAAUCCACCAAGACGGUCCGGCCCUUGGAUAUGGAUCCCACACUCCACCGGGUCAGCACCCCCGUUCUCCUCGAUGCCGUUGGGGCCAGCCAUGUCGGCGCCAUUUUUGGAGGCGCCAGUCGCCGCCUAACUCGUAGCCUUCACGCGGCCGACUGGCGAUCUGAACGGUCCCCUUCGUUCGAUGCGACAUCAUCCCUAGACGGCAGUGACGGUCAUUCCGAGCCCAGUCUGGCCUUGAGUGUUGCCUCGGCUGUCGGGCAGGUGCAGCACUCAGGUUUCAUACGGGACGAGGACCAUCAUUCUUGUUCUCCACGUCUGGCCGAUAAAUCGUCAGCCGAUUCCCUACUCCUGGCCAAAGAAUCUCUUCUCCGUCAACGAUCAAUGCCGCCGUCUGAGCCUUGUUCGGGUCCUAAACCCGAACGCGAGUCCAGCUCUCCGGACGAGGCCCGGGAGGUAUCGCCCAAGACGAUGACCCCCACCCCCACCGCCGCCGCCGACGCCGCCGCCUCGGCAAUGGAUAAUCUGUCAGUCUGUGAACCGCCGUGCGCCGGCGGUCUCACCACGUCUCCGCCCUCGGCAGCGACCAUCUCGUCCUCAUCCGUGGACGAUUAUACGAGUGGCAUGUCGCAGAGCGCGUCGCACCCGAGCAUCCCGUCGGUCAUCUCCGGCGCCUCAUCGCUUUCCGGUGACGGGCUUCAUGUGUAUACCAAGGACCCGGAACCAGACUUGCCGGAGCCGUCUCGCGAGAUUCCCUCCAUCCUCCGUACGGGGGAGACGGUCAAGGCCCAGCAUGUGGUAACAUCACCGCGGGCGCCACAUGAGGAUGACGAGGCGCGGUACGACUGUGACGACGAAGACGAUUCAGAAGACGAAGGCAUCGUGAUGGGCAAAAAGAAGCCCGCUCACAGCCGGCAGGCUUCUAGUUCCUAA